AAUUAAUGGUUAAUUGGACUCAAAGAUUUGCUACAGGAUUGAUUGGAGGUCCCAUAGUCUUGUAUACCAUCUAAAAUUAGUUGGCACUCUGUAUCCUUAUUAAUGGUAUAUAUAUAAUAUCACAUUUCUAGUGGUGCUCUAUUUGUUGCAUGCAGAAUUUUAAAAAUUGAUUUCCAAUGUACUUAAACACAAUUGCAGUGAUUCUGAUCGUUGGUAUGUAGAAACAAUGGCAUCCUCCUGGGUAUUUAGAUUCUUUAUUUCUCAAUAGUUCAUUCGAAUUCCUACACAUUAUUUUAUCACUAUGGCGAUUAUGCAGAGUAAUCCAUUAAGUGUUCAUUUACAUAUGAUCAUAUCUAUUUUCUUCUUGCUUCUUGUUAGAUUGAUGAAUUAUCUAAAAAUCAGCGAUUUCUUAAAAUAAAAUGAGAAGUAAUCACUCUUUUUCAUAUUCAAUUUUUAGAACUAUUUCUGACAAAUUUCCAAGUCAAAUGGUUGAAAAGAAAAUCCAAAUGUUGACAUUCUUUUAAAUGUCUGCUGAUAUUGUUUGUAAUUAGUAUCAUUCAUAUCAUUAGAAUUCCUAUUGUUUGUAUAUCCUCUCAAUUUUGUUCUGAUAGUGUUCCAAUACAAAUAAGCUUAAGCAUUGAAUCUAAUUUGGUUGAUAUCUGCAUGGUAAACUGAUAAUGGGGCUUUGUUUAUGGGUUCUAUGUUUGGUAAAACUUUAUUUUGUCCUAAAAUAUCACCAAAUAAAACAUGGGAGGGUGUCAGUGGAGGUAUAUUUCUAAGUGUUUUCUCCUCACUCAUACUUUCCUAAAUGAAUUUCUUGUCCUUUAUCACUUUGGACGAUCUACAUACUAAACAUUUUCUAUUAAUUUCAUUGAUUGUAUCAUUAGCAUCUAUCUUUGGAGAUUUGAUCGAAUCCUUCAUUAAAAGAGUUGCUGAUGUUAAGGACUCGGGUUCACUCUUUCCUGGUCAUGGUGGUAUUCUUGAUAGAGUACUUUGUUAUUUGAUAUAUUUAGCUUGAUUCUUUGUGCUUUAGUGCCCCUUUUGUUUAUCUAUACAUUCAACUAUUCAUGCAUGAUGUCUUAGAAUUGGCUUGA